AUUUUGUUCGGCCAAUCACUUUGUUAUGUGUCAUCAAGCAAAAACGCACAUUUACAGCGUAGCUGUUUCUGUUGUUGAUGUUGGCGCUAAGUUUUAGCUCAGCGAGGUCACCAUUCAAUAGUGCUAGAGGUAACUAAUUACGGAAACUUAUUUACAGGCCCUGAAAUGAAACAGCUGCCUGCAGACACUGUGCGACUCUUGUCCAGCUCCCAAAUCAUCACCUGUGUGGUGAAUGUGGUGAAAGAGUUGCUUGAGAACUCCCUGGAUGCUGGUGCCUCAUGUAUAGAGUUAAAAUUGGAGAACUAUGGACUGGAUCAAAUUGAGGUUAGAGACAAUGGGUCGGGAAUUAAAGUUGCAGAUACACAUGUGAUGGCUUUGAAACACUACACUUCAAAAAUGUGUAGCUAUGAUGACCUGGAGUGCCUGGAGACAUACGGAUUCAGAGGAGAAGCUUUGGGAUCCAUCUGUGCUGUGGCAGAGGUAACUGUCACAACUAAGACUAUUGAGGAUGAUGUCAGUACCCAGUAUGUGCUAGACCACAAAGGCAGAGUCACUGCACAGAUGCCCAUUCAUCUUGGAAAAGGUACCACAGUUAGUGUGUUGAAGCUUUUUAAAAGUCUUCCUGUGAGAAGGCAGUACUGUGCCAACAUAAAGAAGUGCAAAGAAGAAAUGAAGAAAGUGCAAGACAUCAUGAUGGCCUACGCCAUCAUAAAACCAGAGCUAAGGCUCAUCUUCAUUCACAAUAAGGUUGUAGUAUGGCAAAAGACCAAAGCAACAGAUCACAGGAUGGCCCUCUUGGCCACACUCGGGACAAACACUGUAGCAAAUCUUGUACAUCAUCGACUAGAGCAACCAGAGAUUUUAAUAGAUGGAUUCUUUCCUAAACCUGGUACGGAUUAUUGUUCUAACAGCUCCAGUAACCCUGACAAAGCAUUCAUCUUUGUCAACAAUCGGCCUGUCCAACAAAAAGAUAUCCUAAACUUAGUGCGGCAGCACUACAUGGCCCAGCCAUACCUGGCGGACUCAACACGCUGUCGCUAUCCCAUCCUAAUGCUUAAUAUCAUAGUUCCAGCCUACAGUGUAGAUGUCAACCUGAAGCCUGACAAAACACAAGUUCUGCUUCACAAUAAGGAGGCUGUGCUGACUGCAGUGGAAACCCUACUGGUUUCCCUCUAUAGGUCUGGGACAAAUACUGAGGCUCCACCAAUCAGUAGAACGGACAAGAGAGCAUCUCCCAUUUCAGUCAGUCUUCAGCAUUCUGGAUGUUCAUUGCACGCCAGUUUGGCAAUGUCAGAAGAAAUGGAAAACGUCAGGGAAGACAAUGUGUCCAAGGCUACAUCUGUCUGUGUUACCAGUGCUAUAUCAAAGUUUUCGGGGGCUGACACACUUUUAAAUCAUCAACCUGCAAUUAGCGAUUCCUCAUCUUCCUCUGCAGAUGACUGGAUAGUUAACGAGAUCCCAGUGGACUUAAAUGUCUCCCUUCUAGAAGAUGACACAGUACUGAGGACAGACUUAACAGAUACAGUUCUAGGGGAAAACUUUACAUGGUUGUCAGAAGAAAGUUGGAGUAGAGGCACUGCUCUGCUUGACCCCUGUACAGAGGAAGCCCUGCAGUCUGUUAAACUCUAUUCACCCACUGGGAGAGGAUAUUUGGGCAUAGGUAAUGUCAAAGGCCAGUGCCGUCUUGAAAAAAAGGUGUCUAAUGCCAUUACAGAUAAUCAGGCAUCACAGACCACUAUUGAUCUGAUCAGUCAUCAUGUCCUGAAGACACCCCUUUCCCCUGCUUCACUAUGUGAGGAGUACAGAAGUGAGGUUCUACAGGAGAAGCCCAAAGCCAGCCUCAAGAACAUCGGCACUGCUGUGCAGGAGAGAAAAAAAAUCCUGGGGAAGGAGGACAGAAUAAGGUAUGAGGAGAAGGCAAAGAAACACUCUAAGCGCUAUGACCAUUCGACACUGUCUUUGCUCCAAGGCCAGAAACGCAAGGACCCACUUUCCAACCAGAAGGUCCUGACCCAGGUGUUCUCCCCCCAGCCCCAGAAGAGGAAGAAUACUGGGUUAAAACUAUCCCAGCCCCUUCCUUUCAGUAUAACUGCUCUUAGACUGAAGCUCCAUCGUCUAUCAUUCCAGAGCGGACCAAGACCAAGAGGUCACAGUCUUGUAAACAGCCUAGCCUCUCAGAGCCCCUGGGUCAUUUUAUAUGGUAGCAAGCUCAUGUUGUUAAAUCCAUAUCGGGCAGAGGAGUCCCUGAUUUUUAAGAGACUUCUAGAGAAUAGCAUACUUCCAACUGUGAAUCUACAGAACCCUAUACAGUUGACAAACAGUGAACUUGGGGGUGCUGAGUAUGCCCAAGCUCUCUAUGCAAUGGCGAUGGGGAGUCCAGAGCUUAAUAGCAUGACCCUCUUUGCUGACCCCAGGCUUGUGGCAAAUGGCUUUGAAAUCAAACUCAAUCCAGAAUCCCCAUCUGCAGAGCGACACCUGGAAGUGACAGCAAUGGCGAACUGCAUACCUUUCUACGGUAUGGAGGACCUUAGGGAGAUCCUGGCGACUGUCCUGCAUAGUAAUGCCAAGACAGUGGGAGAGUGCCGGCCACUCAAAGUCACCAACUACUUUCAAGGAGAAGCUGUUCGCUUGGCCUGUCAGUUGCCUGUAACUUUGACUAAAGAGGAUGUAGAGGACAUGCUCUUACGGAAGAAACAGCAACUUGGAGAGACAACACAGACUUGCAUCCAUGGACACUCAUUUCUUACGCACUUAUGUGAUGUUCCUGACACUGAAGAGGAGGCUAUGGCUUUAGUAAUGGAAAAAUUCACCAACAAACAAUUAUUUUACAAUAAGUUUACCUGAUUGACUGCCAAUUCCAACUGUAGAUUUUUUUUUCUUUUAUGUUUUACACAAACCUUGACCUUCUUGAGCUAAUUGGAUAUCAGAUCAAAUAAGUUGUAUACAGUUAGUUCUUCUGAAAAUGGUAGUGUUAUUACAUGUUAUUCUAUGUGGAGCUGCAAUUAUUUCUGCUUUUUUGUGUGCAAUACUUAAAAAUAUCUAAACAUAUAUUUAGAUACCCGAUUGCAAAAUCAAUAAAUGGAUAAUGACU